AUGGUACAGGAAACAAUAAGACUCUCAGAUGAGUACGAGGUUUCAGAUAUUUUAGGUAGAGGAGGAUUCUCAGUUGUAAGAAGGGGUAUAAAGAAGUCAUCAAGCGGUGAAAAUAUCCAUGUAGCUAUCAAGACCCUGAAAAGGUUUAGCCCUUCUUCAACUCCAUCAUCACAGAAUCGUGGUGCUCACAAAAGCAUAGUUUCCUUGGGAUUAUUCCCAACAUGGAAACAAGUUCCAGUAUCGGAUGUGUUAAUCAAAAAUGAGAUCUUGGUUAUGAGAAAAAUAGUGGAAAACGUGUCCCCUCAUCCAAACGUGAUUAAUCUAUAUGAUGUGUAUGAGGAUCAGGAUGGGGUUCAUCUUGUGCUUGAGCUUUGUUCAGGUGGAGAACUGUUUGAUCGAAUUGUAGCACAAGAAAGGUACAACGAAGCUGGAGCUGCAGCUGUGGUUCGACAGAUUGCACAAGGGUUAAAGGCUCUUCAUAGAGCCAACAUUGUCCAUAGAGACUUGAAGCCAGAAAACUGUCUCUUUUUGAACAAAAGUCAGGAUUCUUCUUUGAAGAUCAUGGAUUUUGGACUUAGUUCUGUGGAGGAAUUCACUGACCCAGUUGUUGGAUUGUUUGGUUCUAUAGAUUAUGUCUCACCAGAGGCACUUUCUCAGGGAUCAGUUACUUCUAAAAGUGAUAUGUGGUCUUUGGGUGUCAUCUUGUAUAUCGUACUCUCUGGGUAUCCACCGUUCAUUGCUCAGUCGAAUCGGCAAAAGCAACAAAUAAUUUUGGCUGGUGAGUUCAGUUUUUAUGAGAAGACUUGGAAGAAUAUUUCUUCAUCAGUAAAGCAACUGAUUUCCAGUCUCCUGACAGUUGAUCCUCAUAGAAGACCUAGUGCUGAAGAGCUUCUGGAUCAUCUGUGGGUCAUUGGUGAUUCAGCCAAGCAGGAUCAAAUGGAUGCUGAGAUUGUUUCACGACUGCAGGGCUUUAAUGCCCGGCGCAAACUCUGUGCUGCAGCCAUUGCUAGCGUGUGGACCAGCACAAUUUUCUUAAGGACUAAAAAGCUCAAAUCUUUACUAGGGUCCCAUGAUCUUACACAGGAUGAAAUUGAGAAUCUGAGGGUACAUUUUAGUAAAUUAUGUGCAAAAGGUGACAAUGCCACUCUGUCUGAAUUCAAGGAGGUGCUGAAAGCAAUGAAAAUGUCGUCGUUACUCCCUCUAGCACCCCGCAUCUUUGACCUAUUUGACAACAAUCGUGAUGGAACAGUUGACAUGCGAGAGAUAUUUUGUGGGUUUUCCAGCCUCAAGAAAUUACGAGGCGAUGAUGCUCUCCGUCUCUGCUUCCAGAUGUAUGAUACAGACAGGUCUGGAUGCAUUACAAAGGAAGAAGUAGCAUCCAUGCUUAGAGCUUUGCCUGAUGAAUGCCUUCCAGCGAAAAUCACCGAACCUGGGAAAUUGGAUGAGAUAUUUGAUCGGAUGGAUGCCAAUAGCGACGGAAAAGUAACUUUCGAAGAGUUCAGAGCUGCAAUGCAGAUAGAUAGCUCCCUCCAAGAUAUAGUCCUCUCCUCUCUUCGCCCAAAAUAGCUUUCCCCACUAUCCACUUACUGUCUAGUAUCAACUUUCCAAUAAAGUUAUGGAUAUUUUUUCCCCUUUGUUGAACUUUUAUGUCACAGGAAUCAGAAGACCGGUAAUGAAAUGAGAUGAGAAGAUAAUGUACUUCUAAUUUUUGACAAAAAAAAU